UAAGAGUUACAUUUUACAAAAUACAUUUGCUUUUGCUUUGGCCGCUCAAGUGUGCAACCACAGACAUCACUAGCAGAGCUCAGUGGUAGUCGAUUGUCCGACGAAUCCUUUUCAAUUUCAGAGCUGUCAUCUAUCCACCGCUAAUCGAGAUCACGAGUCUUGGUAACGUCGUAGCCUACAUAGGUAGUGCAUACUUGCAUGUUGUUCCGCAAAAGCAACAAUGGUUUUUGAAUCUGUGGUCAGUGACUUACUGAACAAGUUUAUCGGAGACUAUGUGGAAAACCUGGACAAGUCUCAGCUCAAGAUAGGCAUUUGGGGAGGAAAUGUUGUUCUUGAAAAUCUGAAAGUAAAGGAAAAUGCUUUGAGUGAGUUUGAUGUUCCAUUCAAAGUGAAGGCAGGGCAGGUUGGAAAGCUUACAUUGAAGAUACCUUGGAAGAAUCUGUACAAUGAUGCGGUGGUUGCAACUUUAGAUGGUCUGUAUCUGCUUGUGGUUCCUGGAGCAACUGAGACACAGGUGCUAACCAGUGUUCACAAUGCAAUUAAGUAUGACGCAGCCAAGGAGGAGCGAUACAUGCAGGAGGCCAAGCAGAAGGAGCUGCAGCGCAUUGAAGAGGCACUGCAGAUGGCUGCACGCAGAGACUCUCAGACGGGAGAGCUCUUGUUUAACCUGGAGAGUGUUGUGUACAAGGAGCCCCUGCACGGACGUAAGAUUAAAAAGCAUAAAAAAGGCUUUAGGAAGUCUAAACGACAUGAGCACAAACCAGAAAAGCCUCAGGAUGAAAAGAAGGACACGUUUGCUGAGAAGAUGGCCACGCAAGUCAUCAAGAACCUGCAAGUCAAGAUCACCAGUAUUCAUAUCAGAUAUGAGGACGAUCUGUCGGACCCCCAGCAUCCGCUCUCCAUGGGAGUCACCCUCGCUGAGCUGAGCUUGCAGACAGCUGAUGAGAACUGGAAGACAUGCAUACUAAAUGAGGCUGCCAAGAUUAUCUACAAGCUGGGUCGACUUGAAUGUCUGUGUGCUUACUGGAAUGUCAACAGCCCUCUUUUCUACAAUGACUCAUGGGAAGAGAUAGUGGACAAGCUCAAAGCAGGCAUCAGCACCAAAGAGCAGGAGCUCAAAGACUACCAAUACAUAUUCAAACCCAUCUUUGCUUCUGCUAAGAUGUGUAUCAACCCCAAUGCUGAGGUCGAGCUCAAGUCCCCCAAAGCCAACCUGUACCUGGAGGUGCAGGACAUAGCAAUAGAGAUGACCAAACCUCAGUACCUCACCAUGAUAGACCUUCUAGAGUCCAUCGACUGCAUGGUGAAGAAUGGGCCCUACAGGAAAUUUAGGCCAGAUGUCCCUGUGAGCCGAAAUGCCAAGCACUGGUGGAAGUACUGCAUGACCAGCGUGCUUGAGGUCCACAUCAGACGCUUCAACCAGAUGUGGUCGUGGUCCAACAUCCGCAAGCACAGGCUGACCGUGAAGGCCUACAAGGCAGCUUACAAAGCCAAGCUGCUGACACAGGGGAAACCAAGAGAAGACGCGGAGAAACAGAUCCAGGACCUGGAGAAAGGGCUGGAUGUAUUCAACAUAACCUUGGCCAGACAGCAAGCGCAAAUGGAGGUGAUCCGGUCAGGCCAGAAGGUGGUGGCCAAGAAGGCGGUGGGGGGGCAGAAGCAGGGCGGGGGGGGCUUCUUCAGCAGCUUCUUCAGCAGAAAGGAGGGCAAGAAGAAGGAGCUGGAGGACCCCCAGGAGCAGGAGAGCACAGGCUUGGAUGAGCUGAUGACCGCUGAUGAAAAGACCAAACUCUACACUGCCAUCGGAUACAGUGGCAGUUCACACAACCUGGCCUUACCUAAGCAGUAUGUGGCAGUGAUCAUCACCUUCAAGCUCUUCAGGACGUCCAUCACGCUGAGGGAGGAGCCUAACGUUCCAGAGAUCCUCAAGGUCCAGAUGAUCGACCUGAGCACCAGCAUAUCUCAGAGGCCCGGGGCACAGGCUAUCAAGGUGGAGGCGGGGCUGCAGCACUGGUAUGUGACUGGCCUGGAGCAGCAAGGGGAGGUCCCCUCCCUCAUAGCCUCCGUGGGAGGCUCCACCUCCUCCCUGCUCAGCAUCCUGUUUGAGCUCAACCCGGAGGACAACCCGGCCGACCAGCUGCUCCGUGUGCACUCGCAGCCUGUGGAGAUCAUCUAUGACGCGUUGACAGUGAACAGCAUGGCGGAGUUCUUUAAGACGGCGAAAGGCGUGGACCUGGAGGUGCUGACCUCCGCUACCCUCAUGAAGCUGGAGGAGAUCAAGGAGAAAACCGCUACGGGCCUGUCACACAUCAUUGAGAACCGUAAGAUUCUGGACCUGAGGAUCAACCUCAAGCCUUCCUACCUGCUGGUGCCCAAGUCUGGCUUUUACCAACCCAAGACUGACCUGAUGAUCAUCGACUUUGGUAGUUUACAAUUAAACAGUGUGGACCAAGGUAACCAGCAGCCAGCGUCUCCCAGCUUCUCCUCCCUGGAGGAGAUCAUGGACCGAGCCUAUGAGAGAUACUCCCUGGAGCUACGCAGUGUCCAGGUGCUCUACAGCAAGUCAGGGGAGACAUGGAAAACUGCUCGCCUACAGGGCUCGUCCAUGCAGCACAUCCUCCAGCCAAUGGACUUCACCGUCCAGCUGGCUAAAUGCAUGGUGGACAACGACGCCAGAAUGGCCAGGUUCAAAGUGUCAGGGGAACUGCCAUUGCUCCAUGUGAAGAUCUCAGACCAGAAGAUCCAAGGUGUUCUAGACCUGGUCAACAGCAUCCCCCUGCCCCUUAAGGGCUCAACCCCCUCCACCCCUACUGGGAAGGUGCUGGCGCUAGCUGAUACCAGACCAAGAGUUCUAAGUAUAAACCCCUCAACUCUUCCAUAUGCAAUGGAAACAGAUUCUGAUGAGGAUGCCAGUGAGAGGUCCAUGAUGAAUGAAGACCACCGGCGCUCGGCCAGUGAGGAGCUCACUGACGUGCAGUUCAAGUUUGAAGUCAAAGCGGUGCUUCUAGAGUUGACUCGUCAGGCAGACCAGGAGAACACCGUGCUGGCCCUCAGCGUCACCCAGCUGGGAGCCGAGGGCAAGAUGAGGACCUAUGAUCUGUCCAUCACCUCCUACCUCCGCAAAGUAGGCCUGGACUACUGGGAAAUCAGAGAUGCCCAAAAUCAGCCUCUUCACCUAAUCAGCUCUUCUGACAAGCAGGGCUGUGACCUACUAAAGGUGGAAUACAUCAAAGCUGAUACUAAUGGUCCAAACUUCCAAACCAUGUUUGACAAUACUGAGCAAACACUGAAGGUGGAGUUCUCCUCGUUGGACUUCCUUCUCCAUACCAAAGCUCUGCUGUCUACCAUAAACUAUCUGAACACUGCCGUGCCGCAAGAGCUCACCACCAUUAAGGAGCGUGAGGCCAAGACGCAGGUGCAGAAAGGCCGACAAGGCAGGACAGUGUUGAAAGGAUCCAAAGAUGCCAACGUCUUCAAUUUUAAGUUGUUUGCCAUGUUGGGUUGUUUCCGCGUGGAGGUCUGUGAUGACCGACGGAACAUCGCUGAUAUCAGAGUCCAGGGUAUUGAUGCUUCUGUGCUGGUUCAGGCCAAACAGACAGAAGUGUUUGCAAGGCUCAGAGACAUUGUAGUGAUGGAUGUUGACCCCAAAACAAUUCACAAAAAAGCGGUGUCUAUCAUGGGGGAGGAGGUGUUCAGCUUCAAGUUGUCGCUGUACCCCUGUGCCACAGAGGGCGAGGCCUACUCUGACACCUCCAAGGUGGACGGGAAGGUCACCAUGAGACUAGGCUGCAUCAAGAUUGUCUACCUCCACAAGUUUCUCAUGUCACUGCUGGCCUCUUUUAGCUAUCAGUAUCCCUCUCCUGAUGAGAGGUUUGUGGACAACUUCCAGACAGCUAAAGAGGCCCUGAGUGCAGCCACUGCUCAGGCAGCAGAGAAGGCAGCCUCUAGCGUCAGGGACUUUGCCCAGAAGAGCUUCCGUCUCUCCAUGGACAUCCGGCUGAAGGCCCCCCUCAUCAUCAUACCACAGUCCUCCGACUCCCACAAUGCCUUUGUGGUGGACCUGGGUCUGAUCACCGUGGGCAACAGUUUCAGUCUGAUGUCAGCCGAAGGGCUUCCUCUCCCAGCCGUGGUAGAGAAGAUGGAUGUGAAGCUCAACCACCUCAAGUUGUCCAGAACUAGUUUGAAACAAGGUUCUCCACAGCCAGACAUCGAGAUCCUCCAGCCAAUAAACUUGGAACUGCUUGUCCACCGCAACCUGGCAGCCUCAUGGUUCACAAAGAUCCCUGGGGUCCAGGUCCAGGGCGUUCUCAAGUCUAUGAACAUGGCACUUGGGCAAGAAGAUUUUGCAGUUCUGAUGAAGAUUCUGGUUGAGAACAUAGGGGAGGGAAGCAAAGAGCACAGCAUGGAUGUGAAGAGGCAGGUGGCACAAGAGAAAGCAGAAAUGGCCGAACAGCAGAUAGACAUGGUGUCUUUACCAAUUGGUUCUGAAAGUCGGCAUGCUUUGACAAACGGAGGCCCCAGUGAAAACACAGUCAAUGUCCUCCUCAACUUUGAAAUCAAGGAGGUGGUGCUGAAACUGCAAAAGACCAGGGAGGAGAAGGAGAAUCCAUUCCUGGUUCUGCAUGUGGCUCACCUAGGUAUAAACACCAAAGUCCGAAAGUACGACAUGGAUGCCACCACAUACAUCAAGAAGAUCACCAUGAAAUGCCUGGAAUUUGCCGAUUCCAGUGGCGAGCCGCUGUGUCUGAUCAGUUCUUCGGUGGAGCCUGGUGCUGAGCUUCUCAAAGUGCAAUACUUUAAGGCUGACAGAAAUGGGCCGAAUUUUGCAACGAUCUACAACAACAUCGAGCAGAGGAUGGAUGUGACAUUCUCAUCUCUGGACCUGUUGCUACACACUGAGGCUCUGCUGUCCACCAUCAACUUCCUGUCUGCGGCCCUGCGCCCCAGCAGCCCGCCCUCACCAGAGAGGGAACCCAGACAGAUUAAGGGGGAGAGCAGGGCCGCCUCAGCCAAGUCAACUGCUCUAGGUUCACCUUCGGACAGUGACGUGAUAGAUCUGAAGAUCACAAUGCGGCUAGGGGCCUUCAACGUCCUAGUGUGUGACCAGAGAAGCAACAUGGCCGACAUCAAGAUCCAAGGCAUUGAUGGAUCUCUGCUGAUGCAAGGACCCCAAACACACAUAUCCUCCCGUCUGAGGGAUUUCAUCGUCAUUAAUGUUGAUCCUAAAAGUAUUCACAAAAAGGCUAUCUCAAUAGUAGGGGACGAGGUGUUCAGUUUUGCCAUGAGUCUGACCCCCAAAGCUACGGAAGGAGCCGGAUACGCCGACACAUCAAAGGUGGACGGCAAGCUCAAGCUAAACGUGGGCUGCAUCCAAGUGGUCUACCUCCACAAAUUUGUUAUGUCUUUACUGAACUUCACCAACAACUUCCAGACAGCUAAAGAGGCCCUGAGUGCAGCCACUGCUCAGGCAGCAGAGAAGGCAGCCUCCAGCGUCAGGGACUUUGCCCAGAAGAGCUUCCGUCUCUCCAUGGACAUCCGGCUGAAGGCCCCCCUCAUCAUCAUACCACAGUCCUCCGACUCCCACAAUGCACUGGAGGUGGACCUGGGUCUGAUCACCGUGGGCAACAGUUUCUCUCUGCUUCCUGUAGAGGGCUGUCCUCUGCCUGCAGUUAUUGAUAACAUGGACAUACAACUCACGCAGCUUAAACUUUCCAGAAUUUGCUUGGAUACGGAGUCCUCUCCGCCUGCCACUGAGCUCCUGGAGCCUCUCAACCUGGUCCUGACUGUGAAGAGGAACCUGGCAGCGGCAUGGUACCCCAAGAUGUCCGCCAUCGAGAUCGAUGGAGACUUAAAGCCCAUGAAGGUUGCCUUGAGUCAGGGCGAUCUGACAGUUCUGUUGAAGAUCCUGACGGAGAACAUUGGAGAGGCUAGCAGCCUGCAGUCUGAACCCCAGACCAGUGUUGAAGCUUCUCAGAGACUGGCAAUCACUCCACAGUGGAAGACGGGCUCCCCUGUUAAAGGUGGCUUUGAGAAACAACAUGAAUGUAAUGACGAAGAGGAAGACGAGCCCCUGGCAACUAUGACGUUCAAUUUUAACAUUGAGUCACUAGGGCUGGUCCUCUACAGCGACGAUCCUAAACAGAAAGCAGCUGUGAGCCAGCACCAGUGUGGCAUGCGACUGGGGGAAUUUACCCUCCAUCUGAUGAAGGCUUCAGGGAAGAUGUUCAACAACGACACCAUGGAGGUCAACACCAUCCUCACGGCCUGUACCCUGGACGACCUGAGGACGGGCAUGCAGAGGGUCACCUCACGGAUGGUGGGCAAGCGUGAUGAAGAGAGCGACCAGGCCAUGAUCGACGUGACGUACCGACAGAGCGCCCAGGAGCGGGAGGUGGUAGCUGUGCUGCAGAACCUCUACCUGUGCGCCAGCGUGGAGUUUCUCAUGGCCGUGGCAGACUUCUUCAUCCAGGCCAUGCCCCAGAGCCCUCCAGUGCCCACGCGCACCGCCCAGCCCGACAAGACCAUCCAGCUGCCACUCAAACAGCUUGCAGAGCCUCGCGCUCGCACCAACUCUGCCAUGCCCAAGACCAAGCUGCGGGCGGUGGUGGUGGACCCAGAGGUGGUGUUUGUGGCCAACCUGAUGAAGGCUGACGCCCCUGCUCUGGUGGCCUCCUUCCAGUGUGACUUCUGCCUGAAGGCCCAGGACGAUGGCACCCAGAAUAUCAGGGCCAAUCUGCGGGAGCUCAAAGUCCUGGCCUGCUCCUUUAUUAGGAACAAGGAGGACAAAUCUGUCACCACGGUUUUGAAGCCGUGUUCUGUUGCCCUGGAAACUACAACCCUGCCCAAGCAACCUCUAAAUGGAUCUCUGACUGUGGAAGAAGUCAUUGUUAAGAUCUCUCCAGUCAUCCUCAACACUGUCAUGACCAUCACCGCGGCCAUGACAACCAAAUCCAAGGACGAGCAGAGCGAGCAGACCAACGAGGAGGUCAGCUCCCUGUGGUCGGUCAUGAACAUCUAUGCCUGCAACUACUGGUUCCUGGGGGUGGAUGCAGCCUCCGAGGUCACUGAGAGCUUCAGGGACCAGGACGGGGGGAACAUGGGCGAGAGCUUCGCCGUGGACGUCAAGGUGGUCCAGGUGACCAUGGAGUCCGGCCUGGGUCACAGGACAGUGCCGCUUCUGCUGGCGGAGUCCUCCUUCUCUGGGACGGCCAAGAACUGGUCGUCUCUGCUGCACCUCAACGCCGACAUGACCCUAGAGGUGAACUACUUCAACGAGACUCAUGCAGUGUGGGAGCCCCUGAUUGAGAGAGUGGACGAUGGCAAGAAGAGAUGGAACCUCAAACUGGAGAUGAAGAACAAUCCGGUCCAGGACAAAAGCCCCAUGCCCGGUGACGACUUUGUUAUGGUCCCCGAUCCACGCACGGCCAUCAACAUCUGCUCCAAGGACACCAUGAACAUCACCAUAUCAAAGUGCUGCCUCAGUGUCUUCAACAACUUGGCACAGGCAUUCUCCGAGGGCACUGCCUCCACCUUCGACCACUCCCUGAAAGAGAGGGCCCCCUUCACCAUCAGGAACGCGCUGGGCAUCCCCCUGAUCGUGCAGCACAGCUCCAGCCUGCGCAUGCUGGACUCCCCCUCCCAGGGCAAGCUGCACGAGGUGGGCGUGGAGCAGAGUGUGGACCUGGAGUACUCUGUCUACCAGUCCUCCAGAGGGAAGCUGUCAGCCUUACAGCGCCAAGAGAGCUGCCUGUUCAACCUCAGCAUCGUGCCCUCGGGCUACAGUGACAUCUCCAACAUUGCCGUGGACAAGCCUGGCCGCAGGCUCUACAAUGUGCGCGGGCCCAUGUGCCAGGAGGCAGUGUCAGUGCUGCUGCAGAUAGACGCCUCAGAGGGCAACAAGGUCAUCACGGUGCGCUCGCCGCUACAGAUCAAGAAUCAUUUCUCGGUGCCCUUCACCGUACUGAAGUACUGUGCUACUUCUAGAAGCCUGGUCGCCAUCGGAGUGGCGGAGCCAGAGAAAGAGUUCCACAUUGCUCUGGAGUCCUACAGGUGCCAGCUGUUCCUGCGCCCCGCGGGCUUCUUGGAUGGCCAGUACGGGCCCUCCUCCACCUGCGUGGCAUGGAAGGAGCACGUGCACCUCAGCUCAGAGGUGCGCUCCCUCCUGCAGUGCCCCUCUACCGACAGCAGCUUCCUGCCCCUCAUGAUGACCACGCUGGCCGUGCCCGACGACCUGCGGCACAUCUCCAGCCAGGGCGAGGACGACUGGGACCCUGCCUACAUCAUCCACCUGCAUCCCACCGCCACCCUGCGCAACCUCCUGCCCUACACCAUACGCUACCUACUGGAGGGCUCCGCAGACUUCCACGAGCUCCAGGAGGGCAGCACGUCCGACGUGCUCAACGCCCGCAUCGGCGGCGAGAUCAUGGAGCUGGCGCUGGCCAAGUACCAGGGACGCAACUGGAGCGGGCGCGUCCGCCUCAGCCAGGACGUGCCCGAGUUCUUCCAGGUGUGCUUCACCUGCGAGUCGGACCCCAAGCUGAGCCUGGACGCCAGCGUGCACGUGGUCCGCGCGCCCGGCCGCCUCCUCCUGUCCGUCUUCAGCCCCUACUGGAUCAUCAACAAGACGUCCAGGGUGCUCCAGUACCGGGCGGAGGACGUGGCCGUCAAGCAUCCGGCCGAUUUCCGAGACGUCGUCCUCUUCUCCUUCAGGAAGAAGAACAUCUUUAGCAAGAACAAGAUCCAACUUUGCGUGUCCACCAGUUCCUGGUCGGAUGGCUUCUCAUUGGACACCGUGGGGAGUUAUGGCUGUGUGAGGUGCCCUGGAAACACCAUGGACUUCCUGGUUGGAGUGAGCAUCCAGAUGAGCAGCUUCAACCUAACCCGGAUUGUGACCAUGAGUCCCUUCUACACCCUGGUCAACAAGUCCUCCUACGAGCUGGAGGUGGGGGAAGUGCCGGACCAGGAGGGCUUUGUGGACGGGAAGUGGCACUACAUCUCCUCCACUGAGUGCCUGCCCCUGUGGCCAGAGACCACCACAGGGAAGCUGUGUGUCCGAGUAGUGGGCUCCAACUCCUCCUCCAAGUCCUUCUUCUUCAACAAGCAGGACAACGGCACCUUGCUGGGCAUGGAUGUCUAUGGAGGGGUCAUUGUGGAUGUGAACCUGUCAGACCACUCCACGGUGAUCAGCUUCACUGACUACUACGAAGGAGCCGCCCCCGCACUCUUAGUUAACCACACGCCCUGGGUCAGCAUCAGUUACAGGCAGAGUGGUUCGUCAGGCAUCAGAGAGCUGAAGCCUGGAGAAGCCCAGAGGUUUGCCUGGGACAACCCUGCAGGGACCCGCAAACUCAGCUGGAGCUGCCUGGAGCACACUGGAGAACUGGACCUGGUCAAGGACGAGUGUGGUCAGUUUGCGUACGACGGGAUGUCCCAGGUCCACUGGGUGUCGUUCCUGGACGGGCGCCAGCGCGUGCUGCUGUUCACCGAGGACCUGGCCGUGGUGACCAAGGCCCGGCAGGCCGAGGAGCUGGAACAGUUCCAGCAGGAGGUCAACGUGUCGCUGCAGAACCUGGGGCUGUCACUCAUCAACAACGACAACCGCCAGGAGAUCGCCUACGUGGGCAUCACCAGCUCUGGGGUGGUCUGGGAGAUGAGACCAAAGAAUCGCUGGAAGCCCUUUAACCAGAAGAACAUCAACCUCCUGGAGAAGGCCUACCAGAAGCACCUGGCUGAGCCCAGUGAUCCUCAGUGGGUCAAGGUGGAGACCAACAUAGAGGUGAACUUUGGGAAGCUACCCAUGGCAAUGCGCCUUCCCUUUGCUUGUAAGAUCAGGAGGAACUUCCUGUCAGGGAUCCAUGUGGAGUUCAAACAGUCUCCCCACCAGAGGAGUCUCCGAGCCCAGCUCCACUGGCUCCAGGUGGAUAACCAGCUAACAGGAGCAAUAUUUCCUAUUGUGUUCAAUCCAGUUCCCCCACCAAAGUCCAUUGCCCUGGACUCAGAACCAAAGCCUUUCAUCGAUGUGAGCAUCAUCACAAGGUUUAAUGAACACAGUCAAGUGAUGCAGUUCAAGUACUUCAUGGCCUUGGUCCAGGAGAUGGCUGUGAAGAUUGACCAGGGCUUCCUGGGAGCCAUCUUGGCUCUGUUCACCCCCGCCACAGACCCACAGGCCGACAAGCUGAAGACCAAGCUGAUAGAGAAGGACCUGGAGAGGCUGCAGGCGGAGCUGAUGGAGGCGUCCAUGACCGACACUUCUGGCCUCAGCUUCUUUGAAUACUUCCAUAUCUCUCCCAUCAAACUGCAUUUGAGUCUGUCCCUGGGCUCCAGCGAGGAGGAGUCAGACCAGCAGGAAAUCGUGGCCAUCCAGUCUGUCAACCUGCUGCUGAAGAGCAUCGGGGCCACCCUCACCGACGUGGACGACCUCAUCUUCAAGCUCGCCUACUUUGAAGUGAAGUACCAGUUCUACAGGAGGGAGAAGCUGAUGUGGGCUGUGAUUGGACACUACAGCGAGCAGUUCCUGAAGCAGAUGUACGUGCUGGUGCUGGGCCUGGACGUCCUGGGCAAUCCUUUUGGGCUGAUCCGAGGCUUGUCUGAGGGAGUGGAAGCUUUCUUCUACGAGCCCUUUCAGGGAGCAGUGCAGGGGCCUGAGGAGUUUGCGGAAGGCUUGGUGAUUGGGGUGCGCAGCCUACUCGGUCACACCGUUGGGGGAGCUGCCGGCAUGGUGUCCAGGAUCACUGGUUCGGUGGGGAAAGGCCUGGCGGCCAUCACCAUGGAUAAGGAGUACCAGCAGAAGCGAAGGGAGGAGAUGAACAGACCACCCAAGGACUUUGGAGAGAGUCUGGCCAAGGGAGGCAAGGGCUUCCUCAAGGGAUUUGUUGGGGGGGUAACCGGCAUCGUGACAAAACCUGUUGAAGGGGCAAAGAAAGAGGGAGCGGCUGGUUUCUUCAAGGGCAUUGGGAAGGGUCUGGUGGGCGUAGUGGCCAGACCCACCGGAGGCAUCGUGGACAUGGCCAGUAGCACCUUCCAGGGAAUCCAGAGGGUGGCAGAGUCGACGGAGGAGGUGACUAAGUUGAGGCCUGUAAGGUUGAUCAGGGAGGACGGCAUCAUCCGACCUUAUGACCAGGGGGAGUCCCAGGGCUAUGACUUAUUCCAGAGGUCGGAGAUCAAGCAGCUGGAUGGGGAGAUCUUCAGGGAACACUGUGAGUUCCCUGGACAAAGAAAAACUAACAUCAUAGUGACCAACAGGAGAGUAAUGUGUGUCAAGGAGAUUGAGUUUGUGGGACACUUUAACAAAGAGUGGGAGUGCCUGUUUGAGCAUUUUGUCAAACCUCCGGAUGUAGAGGGAGGUGAUCUGAAAAUCUACUGUAAGGAACAAAACAAACUCAGGAUUCAAAAGCGAGAUGGACAGCAGCCAGUGAGAAUGGUCCAUCUCAAAAACACAAUAACAGCCCAGACACUGCGAGAGGCCAUUCAGAGGGCUCAGACGGCUCAACGGCAGCAUAAGAUGGUCAGGCAAAAAUCUCAACGCUUCCUCAAACAGGGCAACAAGCCAUGAGACCACCAACUGCCCAGCACAUUAAAUGUUUGCACUUAAAGUCCUUUACACUAAAACUGCCUUAAAUAUUAUGAAUUAAUUAAACUUAAUGGAUAAUUUGGAAAAUGUAUAGAAAAGUUUGAAGAUUAUUGAUUGUAUCUGUAUCAAUUUGAUUGUGAUUGGUUGUCAAGUUUGUGCAACAGGAAAAUAUAGAGAGGAAUUAUCUAUAACAAAUUGUAUUCGCUUGCUUACAAAUGUUUGUUUUGAAUUUGGUCUGCUAAUGGUCUAAAUGAAGUGAAAUGCUGUACGGUGUUAUUAUACAUAUAAGGGUCUGCAUUAUUUUUUUUAAAUAAUUUUUUGGAUAAGCUAAAAUGCACUUCAUGAACAAUUAUUGUAUCACAGCACUGUGUGGGAUGAAGGACAAUCAUACUGAAUGGGGAUUUGUAUCUAAUAAGUAAAUGAAAAUGCAUAUAUCAGUAGGAUGUAUAACACUAAUGGCUUCGAAGGCCAGUGAAAAUAAUUUCACUGUCUGUAGCUAAAUUAGUAAUGCUGUUUUUUGUUUACAAUGCACUUGUUAGCUGUCCAGAAUAAUGGUUAAAUGCAAGGAACAGUUAUGGAAUAAAAAAUAAAAUGCUCAGUCAUAUGUUUCAUAAUGUUAUCACGGGCGUUUCUGGAUAAACUGUCUCUGAAAUAACUUUACUGAAGUUGGUGAAAUAUGGUGUUUGUAGAAGCCUCUCAAACACAUCUAACAGGAAGAUGCAUUGUUUUGAGCCUUUCUCUCAUUGCUGUAUAACCUGAAUGCUCUUCUUUAAAAUAUGUUUUUGUUCA